GUGGGCUCUCUCUUAAAUACUACAAACCAUUUGACUAAUUUGGUCGUAACAGAUCUAGAGUCAAAAUCUUCUAUAGAUAUAUAUUCGCAAGACUCCAUCUUUCCAACAGAUCUAAUCUUCUUCACUUCCCAAGUGUAAAAACCUCAACUUUCAGCCAACAAAAUUAGGGUUUCAAGCUGAGAUUUUCUACUUCUGUUACACAAAAAUACCCAAUGAGUAAAGCUUCGGUGAUCCUAUACAUUACGGUAGGAAUCCUGGUGCUCUUCCUCGUCUCUUAUUCACCGAAGAAGAAGGGUGACCACGAUCACCACCAUGGUGGUCACAAUCAACAUCACCGCUUAAAACUCCGGUCUUCUUUCAAUUUCAAACCCACUCGUCACGAUCCAGUUCCGUUUGAUCCUCUUGUCGCCGACAUGGAGCGCCGCCGCGAGGAUAAGGAGUGGGAGCGACAGUACAUUGAGCAUUCUCACCCGGAGCUUGUCUCUCAUUCUCAGAAAGAAACAACCGGUGGUGGACAUGAACAUGCACCUGGUCACGAGUCGCAGCCUGAGUGGGAAGAAUUCAUGGAUGCUGAGGAUUACUUAAAUGAUGAGGAGAAGUUCAAUGUCACUGAUAGGCUGAUAUUGUUGUUUCCGAAGAUUGAUGUUUCUCCUGCUGAUGGGUUUAUGACGGAGAGUGAAUUGACUGAGUGGACUAUGCAGUCUUCUGCCAAGGAAGUUGUGCACAGAACUCAACGAGACCUGGAUGUUCAUGAUAGAAACAAAGAUGGUUUUAUUUCUUUCUCUGAAUAUGAACCACCGUCUUGGGUCCGUAAGUCGGAUAAUAAUUCGUUUGGCUAUGAUAUGGGCUGGUGGAAGGAGGAGCAUUUUAAUGCAUCAGAUGCAAAUGGUGAUGGUCUUCUGAAUUUAACAGAGUUUAACGACUUUCUGCAUCCUGCUGACACCAAGAACCCAAAGUUACUGUUAUGGUUAUGCAAGGAGGAAGUAAGAGAAAGGGAUUCAGAUAAAGAUGGGAAGAUCAGUUUCGAAGAGUUUUUCCACGGCCUCUUUGACACUGUAAGGAACUACGAAGAAGACAAUCACAAUUCUACGCAUCCUUACCAUGACUUGCCUGAAGGCCCAGCAAAGCAGUUGUUUUCUCAGCUUGACAAAAAUGAUGACGGGUACUUAUCAGACGUUGAAUUGCUUCCCAUUAUCAGUAAAAUCCAUCCUACUGAGCAUUAUUAUGCAAAGCAACAAGCUGAUUAUAUAAUAUCACAGGCGGAUUCAGACAAAGAUAGACGUUUGACUUUGGCAGAGAUGAUUGAGCAUCCAUACGUCUUCUACAGUGCCAUUUUCGAUGAAGAUGACACUGAUGAUGAUUAUGGUUUCCACGAUGAAUUCCGCUAGUUUUAUAAUUUAGGAAUAAACAACAUCAGGCUCAGUUCAAUAUAUCCUCAAGGAACAUUCCUCACAAAACAGGUGAUCUCGAGAAUAUCUGGCACCAUUGUUAAUCUUCUAUACCUUCGUUAUUGACUUACUUGCGGCUUUUCUUACACUGCAGAGUCCAGCACGAAUCUCUCUCACGUAGAUCAUCUGGUGAUUUAGAAGUUAGAAGAGUAUUUAUGAUUCUGAACAGCUAAAAGAAACAUACUUUUCUUUGGAUCUUGUUCAAUCAAUUAUAGAUGGCUUUCUCCAUUUCUGUAUGUUUAAUUUAACACCUUUGAAGCUUAAUCUUUUAUAAGCAAAGCUUAUGAAGUAAACAGUGUUAUGCAUGCAAAGGUCAGCACUGAGCCAUAAGAAGCAGAUUUUGAUCCAUAAACUUGAAAUACUAAAUAGA